AUGGCUAUUGAUCUGAAAAGUAUAAUGAAGGGCCUUGAUCGUCGAUAUGGAAUGACAUGUCGUCGGUUUAAACGAAGGUCUCGACAAUCAAUUCUACUUUGCUUCAUUGGUGCUUUUGUUGUAUUUUAUCUUUUAUCGAAAUGGUUGCCACGUCGAGAAGUCUACCAAAACAUUCAAUAUGAUGCAUGUUUACAGCAUAGAUUGGAACAGUUUGCACGUGAUCAAGUAGAAAUGAAUACCAUUUUUAAUCACGAACCAAUACAAUAUGGAGAAAUUGUUAGCUUACCAUUUACAGGUAAUGGUUACCUUGGUCUUUCUUUGUCCAGCCAAUCUCAAAUUCAACUUUUAACUGAUAUUCGAUCUCCAUUUACAUCAAGCGGUUAUUCUCCUGUGGUUCGAAUUUCUUCAGAUACAUGGGAAGAUUCCAGUGCAACAAUAGUACAAAUGAAAGAAGGUGUUGUAAGACGAAUUCAAUGUUUUAAAUUUAGUAAAGAACGUUCAGCACAUGUAACACAUGUGCUAUAUGCACAUCGAAAACGCCCGUCAUUAAUUGUACAAGAUAUCGAUAUCAUAAAUCCAAGUGAACAUACACUGGAUCUUGCCUUAAAACAAAACAAUCAAAUAUUAAAUAAUGAUUUAAAACAACUUGAUCAACAAGAUGUUCAAUUUGAUCAAACAAAAGACUCAUACAUUAUGACAACGAAUCAAAUUCCUGUUCGACAGCAUGGUUUUAUAAUUUAUGUUAUUCUUACAAAUAGAAUUAUUUCUACCACUAAUGUUAAACCUGGUAGUCUAGAGAAACAAACAAUUUUAACUGUAGUAAAAUUUUCUUCUGUUCUUUCGGAAAAUUCUUUACUUAAUAAAACAUAUGUACAAGAAUUACAACAAGAAUUACAAACGCAAGCUAAAAGUGAUAUGUCUGAUGCUUUAUCAAUAUCAGCAAUAAGAUUAUUAAAAGAACAUACAUCGACAUGGUCAUUGAUAUGGGAAAGUGGAUUUUCAAUAAGUCGUUCGUUAGCACCAUCAACAAUGAAUGGUGAUAUUGUCAAUCGAACAAUUUAUUAUGUUCUUUGUUCAACAUCAGCACCACUUUAUGAAUUAAAAGUAGAUGAAAAUAAAACAGCUGAGUUUACUCAUAGUCUUUUUCAAGUUAAUCAAUGUUAUGAAAGUCAUUCAACAUUAAUUGGUGCAAAAUUAUGGAUAGCACCAGGUGACGAUUUAGCUGUAUCUCAGUUAGCUAAUCUCUGGCGUUCAACAUUAUCUCGAAAAGGUUGUUUUACAUUAAUGCGAAGUGGUGUCAAUGGUGUUCUGCAAUCAAUGCUACUUUCCAUUGGUGGUAUACGUUUCCGUAACCAUCAUCUUGAAAUGUAUUUAGAUCCCAAAGAACUUCAUCGUGAUAUGUUUUUUCGUUCAAUUAAUUUCGGCAAACAAUAUCAUGUGAAUAUAAGUAUAACAGUAGGACAUGAUAAUCGUGCUGUUAUUGAUGUAUCAAUGGACAGUGAAAAUGCGCAAGCAUAUGCGUGUGAUGCUGGCUGUUUAGAUUCACCGACGAAACUUGGUAUUCUACCUGUUCGAUUUCCUGUAAAAAUGACAAGUCCACCAACUGCGAUACUUUAUAUAGCCGAAGAUUUUGAAUAUAUGACACAAUUAAAAGAUACGUUACAUGUUAAAGAAGUUGAAAUAGCUCCACCUCAUGCACACGAUGUUCUUGCUCUUCAUCGACAUGGUCAUAAACUUGGUGGCUUACCAAUCAUCUUCUGGAUAGCUUUAGCAUUUUUAAUCAUUAUUUUUCAUUUAUUCUUAGUAAAAAUCAUUCUUAAUGAAAUGGGAGUUUUCACUCAUAAAUUACCAACAUACACAAGAGCACGAGUCCUUUAA